UAUGUAAGACAUUCGAUAGGAUUUAUACUAAAGUCCGAAGACGUCUCAUUUUGCUUACGAAUGUGUUUUACAAUCUGCCGAAAGCAUCCGGAUUUUUUAAGGCACUUCAAAUGCAGCAGAUGUGAAAUGAUUACCAAUCAUUCUUAGAUUAUGUAUAGAUUUUCAUUAUGUCUGUACAGGUCAAAAUGUCCGUAGACGAUAUCACGGAACGACCCACAGAUUAUUUAAAAAAUGAGGAACCCGUACUUUCUGCAACGGGAGAAACGGUUGAAAAUAGUACCGCAGGGGAACAACUAGGUUUUCCGAAUCCGAAGGAAAUACUAGAUCUUCCGAAUCCGAAGGGAAUGCUAGGUCUUCCGAAUCCGAACGUUAGUGAUUUAACAUUCAAAAUGGAUGACAAAGAACGUCGUCAAACGUACUCACCAAACAAAAUAUACAUUGAACACUUGGAACACAAAAUCGGUGGUAAAAGCGGUGGAUCAAAUCCUUUUCACUCAGUACAACAGCUUCUGGGUGAUUGCAAGAACGCUAUACAAGAUCUCUUGGGACAACAUAAUCUUGAAAAUGAGCUGAUGUCAAAGAUAUCGCGAGAACUUGUGAACUUCACUGGAAAGGCCAUUAUCACCAUCAUCGAACAAAGGAUUGACUGGGCAAGUACGAAAGUCGAUAUUGUGAAAAUCGAACAAAGCAUCGACGAAAGAUACAAGGACAGAUUCGAGUUAACACGCAUUCAAGUGGACAAACUGAUUCGGAAUAUCGAGGAAAAAAGAAAUACAAUAAGGGAUCUACAAAUUAUGAACGGGCAACUAAAUGACACAAUACAAAUGAAAAUAACAGAAUUGCUUCAAAGGAACAGCGAAGUCGAUUCUCUGAAAAAGACAAUCAAUGAAUUGCGGCAAAUGAAUUCCCAGCUUAAAAUUGACCUGCUAAGAAGCAUUGAUGAACGGGAAAAGGUCAUAUUUGAUGCGGAUUCCAUAAAUUUUGAGUGCAGAAAGGAAAUGCUGGGAAGUUUGUUGAUUGAAUGCGAGGCGACAGAACAUGUGAGGAAACAGCUUCACAUCGACGUCGUUCAAAAUAUCAGACGCGAGUACCUGAAUAUUAACAAAAUUGAACUGGCAGCUGUCAGACGACAGUGUGAGACACGGAUCGAAGAAGUUCGCAUGGAGUACAAGCAGGCAUCGCAGGAAUUAUCAGAUGUUAAAAUACAACUUUCAGCGACAACACAACGUUUGAGUGAAAUGGAGCAAAAGUAUUUGUACGCCAAACAACAACUGAAAGAGUCCGAACAUCGAGAAAAAAUCACAAAAUAUGAGCAGCGGCAGUUGAUGAACUCUGCGAUGGACGUUCAACUCCAUCUUAAAACGGUAACCAAACACAACAGAAGACUUUUUGACAGCAUCCGUUCGGUGGACGGAUUGAUUGAUACUCCGAGAUCAGAAUGGACAUUCAAGUAUGAAAACGUGAAGAUGCAGUUCACAAGUACAGAAAGAGCGUACAAGACACAUGAAACUCAUAUAAAUUAGGGAGAAGAACUCUAUAAGACCGUGUCUUUCGUUCCUAUCCCAUUCGAACAUGCACGUAUUAUAAACACUGUUGUAAUUCUUUGUAAACAAAUGUGCAUUGUUUUAAAUAAAUAUGUUUAAACUAGAAAGAGCGUAACUUACGCCAGAAGAAGGGUUAAUUGAUGUAACCAAACGCACGAACGAAUGAACAAACUGUGUGGGCCUAAUUUUCGUAUGCAACCUUUUAAAAGCUUGACACGCAAACAUAAUCCGAGUAAUUGUUACAAAAACAGUGGUAUCGGUCUUUGGAUAUUUAGAAAAAAAUUUGUUGGAUGGCAAAAACAAAUCCUUUUUUUAGAAUGAACAUGUCAGAAAUGCAAUGUUCUUGUGGACAAUAUGAUUUUUUAAUGAUCAUAAUUUAUAAUUUAAUAUUAAAAUUGCAUACCAUGCCACAUUUUUUGAACGUUUUCCCUAUGUUAAAAUCCUUAAAAAAAUUACAUAAAAAUAAAUACUAAAUAUUAUUUCAAUAAAAAAACAACAACAAUUAAACACAUUUAUAGAAGUAUUAUGCUUUUCAUGUAAUUCAAUUACUAUACUUGUACUUAUAUAUGUAUAUAUUUGUAUGACUAACUUUACAUCUAUACUUAAUGUACUUUAAGCUCUUUAUAGUUCUUUGUAUUUUGUUGUUAUCUUAUUUGGUAUUGUGUAUAUUUACGUUUUGUACGUUCAAAAUAUACCUUUUGUAAUGAUGUUGCAUUUGCAAUAAUGUUUCAUUCCCCUAUUAUAUAGUACACAAAUUAAAUUUAAAACAUACAUAACAUGCAACAACUAGAUGAAUAGUGCAUUAUCAAUAUUUCGAUUUUUUAUCUCAAAAAGGUUGAUGUGUUUUAAAAAUAGAAUACUUAUUUAUUUUUUUGGAAUAAAAUACUUUAAGUGAUAUAACAAUCGAUUAAAUAAAACAGUCUUAUCGUUAACGAUUUUUCCUAGAAGCAGUUCUUUUUCGGAGCUCAUGUAAACAUUAGGUACAAACUGCGUAAUGUUGCUUGCACCUGUUGCACAUGAAUAUUCACAAAUUGACAAAAUAUUGGAGGUCAGUUUAGUUUGAAUGACAAUACAUAACUCCGUGGAUUUAUGUCCUUUUUAUUUGUGCGAUAUUAUAAGACUUUUGUUUACAAAAUACAAUUAAUAUUAUUCGUCGUUUUUUUUCCCUAAAUUAUUAUCAACUGUACUGAUGUGCGAGCAGAAUGCGCAGGAACAAAACACAACUAACAAAAUAAAACAGACAACAAAGUAUAACAAAGUAUAACUUAUCUUCAUAUGCAGGAGCAGCAUUAAGUGUAAUUUAAAUAUGUUAUCAUAAAUAAACAAAGAUAUACAUAAUUGAGCGAUUUUAUCAUUUAUUCUUUGGAACAUCACAAAAAUGACUAAUUUGUUUAGUUGACGUUAUUUUUAGUUCAUGUGUGCUAUGUAAUCAUGAUUUCAUUCUGUUGUAUGAUGUAUGUAUUGAUAUGCAGUUGUACUGGUUUCCCGCACUGUUGUAUGAUGUAUGUAUUGAUAUGCAGUUGUACUGGUUUCCCGCACGUUUUUAGACAUGGACAUGAGCGUGUUAGGUUUUAAAACUAUUCUAGAUUGUGUUUUGAAAUAUUGCUUUUAUGCCCAUUUUAGCGAAUUUUUGACAUGUUAAAUUGUGAAAAUGUUUAAUUUAUACGAAUUUUGUAGAGAGCAAUACAUGACAUUAAUGAGUUUAAAUUAAAGGAUGUGUAAUUAGCAAAUAUUGGAAUUCUACUAUGUUUUGUAAACAACAAUUCGUCGAGUGAUUACUUUUAAAAGCGCGUUUAUGACAGCAGAACGAACAAUAGUUGCCUACAAAAUCAAACAGUUAAAAGAAGUACUAGUAUCUGCUGAUUGAUAAGAAUUAUUUGAUACUCAAUGGUUGAUAAUAACAUCAAUAAACACGUAAAUUAAUACUGCUAGUCUUUUGAUCAAAUAUUAUGACGAAAUUAUACGUUAAUGUCAAAUAAUUACCAUAUUCGGUACCACCAUUGUUUUAAAUUUAAAGAUGUUAUCAUUUUAAGCAGUUAAAAUACAUAAGUGAGAGUUUUUAUUAUACAUAAUAAGCCAACAUCUACAUAACAAUGUAACAAAAGUGUUACAUUGUCUUGAUUAAUUUUCGUGUGUGCAUAUUGUUUUGUGAUGGUGAUUGGUGUUUUUUGAUAUUUUAAAAUUUACUAUUAUUAUGUAUGGAUUUAUGUGUAGUAUGUUCUUAAGUGUGGCAAACUGUUGAAGUUUAUGUGUCAAAUUGAAAAAAAUCCUCAAACUUUGCAACUUUUUUCUAAAGAUAGUAGCAUUGUGUGACGUUGUAAAACUAUUUUAUCUUAUGAUACAUAAAACUAUAAUUGUUUAAUUGUGAAUUAUCACUAUUUAAUAUAAACGUUUAAAAUAGAGACGUAGCUAUUCAGAAAAUGCAUGAUUACAACCCACAUAUUGUAUGUCAAUUGAGGCUAAGAGUCAACGAACGAACAUAGCUGAUUAUUAAUGACGCAAAUUAUUUUGUUAUCACAAACUACAUUUGGUCUCUUGUAAAUUAAAUUUAUUGAAAUGUACGUCAUGUUUAUUAUGAUUACUUCAUAUGUUAGAUGAUAUAUGAACUAACACAACCUUCUGCGAAUGGUGUCUUUAUUAUACAAGCAAGUAACAAUAUAAACACUUAUUAUGUAGCAAUUGUAAUAUUUUUUUUGUUUUUGCUUAUUUAAUGUCAGUAUGUAUCAGUGACAUUUUCUUGCGUUUUCUGUUGUUGGUUGCAUUCUUCAAUAUAUCUUUAAAAAAUUAGAAUGAAUCUUUAAGUUAAAAUCAUCCUUAGUGCCUGCCUGGCGCCGUUAGCCUAUUCUACGAAAACGUUAUAAAUGGUCAAUUAUGUGUAAAGGAUGAAGCAAGGAAUUUGUAUCAUUUUAUAUUAAAUAAUAUUUUCCAACUGUUGUCUUAUAAAAUAUUAGUUUUUAAAUUUCAAUAGAUCUAUAUCUGUUUACGGUAGAGAUUUUACAAUUUAGGAAGUUUUUAAUUGCAAAGCACCACACUGUAUGUUAAGUUAGAACAUAAUUUCAAUCACAGAGCUGCUAAUAUAUAUUUAUUUUGGGUUAACUGUGAGGCUAAAUGCUUACUAUUAAGAUCAACAUUAUUGUUAAAACCACAUGUUAAUGAAUAUGUGUGAAUAAAGAUUUCUAUUCUAAAAAAAACAGUAUUGUUUUAAAAUCAAAUAUGUACUUUGUUUUGACUUACGUCAAAUAUUGUCUUCAGCACGUCCAUUACACUGGAUAUCACUUCUUACAUGACAUUUCUAUCCAAAACAAAAUGCUAGUUACCUUUGAAAUGUCCAUUGAAAGUUCAUAGCGACUAAAGUGAGAACGAAAACGUUAUGUUGUGCGUUUAAGUUUAGCCAUAUAUUUCAUAAUAGUGGAUAUUGUUAUGACUAUUAUCAUAACGACACAUUCAUCACAACCGCAUCAACACGUCUAAUUGAACCGCAAUCUGGCAAAACGGGACUUAAUGCAUGUGCGUAAAAUGUCGCACCGAAUUAGCCUGUGCAGUCUUCACAGGCUUAUCAAGAACGAUACUUUCCGAUAUGAUGUGUUUUUCGUUGAACGCUCUUCUUUGCGAAAACCCAAUCAGACGGAAAUCAUCGUCGUUUAAAAGCAUGUGCGGACUGCACUGGCUAAUCUGAGAUGUCACUUGUUGUUUUUCCGUUUUACCAUAGCGUUCUCAAUGGUAUUUUCAUAAGAACGAAAAAAUUGUUAACGUGUGAUAUGAACACAAUUGCUCAGAACUGCAGCACAAUUCCCGAUUGUGCAUGCUUCAUGUACAUGAAGGGGUUUCCGAAAGGAAUACGUGAUUUUUUUUAUUUAUAACAUUUAAAUUAAAAUCUCAAGGACUUUAUUGCAUCAUUCAUCAAGAAAUGUAUUAUAGUAAAGCGUCAACAAAUUAUAUGUUGUUGCAGAAUGAGAUCGAACAUAGCCGUUACAAGUUCACCGUGAAAAGUAUCAAUAAUUUGCAGUUGUGUCCGAUAGUUUUUUGUUGAUCUAUUUUGUCUUACAUUAAAAUGCUUUGAAAUUGAUUGGAACGAUAUGAAAAAAAUAUGUCCAUAUUCGCCCCAUUGAUGCAAAAAAGUACCAUGUGCCUUCUUAUUUUAAUGUCACAUGGUACCUUUUUGCUCCAAGGGGGAGCGGUACCUUUUUGCACCAAGGGGGCGAGUAAUAUACCUAUCGGUUACACGAAACACAGUUGACGCUGAGCUGAGGCACACAUUUUCAUU